AUGGAUGACAACGCGGAGCUCCAGUCCAUCUUCGAGGACGAGUUCCAGCUCAAGGGCGACUUGGACCAGCCGGGAGUGGCCAGGUCCUUCACGGUAUCAGUGCCGGGGCCUCAUGCCAUCGUGCUUCUGGUACACCUGCCGCAGGGAUAUCCGUCCGUGGAUCCCCCCAUCGCUGAGGUGUACGAGUCCUUCGGUCUGACAAAUGCUCAGAGAGACGAUAUCCUAGAGAACUUGGCUGCCAUCUUCGAGCGCUCGAGCGGUCAAGUGUGCCUCUACGAGUGGAUCGAAGACGUGAGGGAGAAGUACGCCAAUGCUGAACUCGAUGCUGAGGCUGGGGCUGGCGAUAGUGAAGAGGAAGGGGUCGCAGCCGACACACGACUUGAUGCAGUCGAGUACUUUGAGUCGGAUUCGCAGACGCUGCGUCCUCGAGUACGAACAGCUCAGCUAGUGCGCGACGUCGAGCGUGAAGCAGUGAUCGCUCCUCUCAUUGUUCACGGAACGAUGAUUGUCGACCGAAAGAGCACCUUCAUAGCGCACGCGUGUCCGGUCAAGUGUGUUGAAGAUGUGCGCUCCUUCCUUGCGCUGCUGCUCGACUACCGCAAGAUUGAACGGGCGAUCCACAACAUGCUGGCCUAUCGCAUCAUCGGCGACUUCACUGUCAAAGACAACGAUGAGGACGGAGAGCACGGAGCAGGCAGCAAGCUUUCGAACCUGUUAGAGCUGCUGAAGGCUGAAAAUGUGGCCGUCGUGGUGACGAGAUGGUACGGCGGAAUCAAGCUUGGCCCCGACCGGUUCAAGCAUAUCAACGCGUGCGCGCGGCAGGUACUGGAAGAUGGUGGAUUCUUGGACGAGGCAAACCUUCACCACGGAUCCAAGAAGAAAAACAAACGGUGA